GGGUAGGGGAAAUAAUGAGCCUUGUGAUUCUCACAGAUACUUCGUGGCGCUUGGGACUGAGGAGCUGCAGGUUGGUGUGUGCAGUAGAGGAGCAGUCAGGAAGGAAACAGCAUGGCUUUAAACCUCACCGUCAAUCCCAGCAACAUCCCGCUCGGAGCGCUGUUAGCAGCCGAGCAUGUGAAGGGAAGCGUCAGUGUCUCUGUGGAGGAAGGCAAAGACACCAAGCUUCAUGUCUCUGAUCAGGUGCAGUUCACUGAUGUGAAUUCCAUUACACGUUAUCUUGCACGUGUGGCACCCAGUCUGGGUCUGUAUGGCUCCAACAUGCUGGAACAAACUGAGGUGGACCAUUGGCUAGAGUUCAGUGCCCGGAGGCUGAGUGGACAGUCGAGCCUGGCUCCUGCUCUCGCAGAGCUGGAUGCGGCACUGUCACUGCGCACCUUCUUGGUUGGCCGCUCCCUGACCCUGGCUGAUCUCUGUGUGUGGGCUGCUCUCAAAGGAAGUGAAGCGUGGCAGGCAGUGCAGGCUAAACCUGGCUCCUUCUCUCAUGUGUGCCGCUGGUUCUCCUUCCUGAGCUCUCAGGUGCCCUUUGUUGAGGUGGGGAACAAGUGGGCCAGCAAGUUAGCUAACAACAAGACUGCUCCUGUUGUAAAAGAGAAGAAGGCGGAUGUUGGGAAGUUUGUGGAGUUGCCUGGUGCCGAAGUGGGUAAAGUCGUGGUGCGAUUUCCCCCGGAGGCCAGUGGGUAUCUACACAUCGGCCAUGCCAAGGCCGCCCUUCUCAACCAGCACUACCAGGUUACCUUCAAGGGCAAGCUGAUCAUGCGCUUUGAUGACACAAAUCCUGAGAAAGAGAAGGAGGACUUUGAGAAGGUAAUCCUUGAGGAUGUGGCCAUGCUGCAGAUUAAGCCAGAUCAGUUCACCUACACAAGUGACCACUUCCCCACCAUCCAGCGUCUGGCUGAGCAGCUGCUUCGAGAAGGCAAGGCUUACAUUGACGACACGCCACCUGACGUCAUGAAGCAGGAGAGAGAGCAGAGGACCGAGUCACGCCAUCGCAACAACUCUGUGGAGACGAAUUUAAAGAUGUGGGAGGAGAUGAAGGCGGGCACAGAAUACGGUCAGACCUGCUGUAUGAGAGCUAAGAUCGAUAUGAACUCCAACAACGGCUGCAUGCGUGACCCUACGCUGUACCGCUGUAAAAAUGCCCCUCAUCCCCGCACUGGCAACACAUACAAGGUGUACCCCACAUAUGACUUCGCCUGCCCCAUCGUAGACAGCUUUGAGGGUGUGACCCACGCUCUCCGUACCACAGAGUACCACGACCGAGAUGAGCAGUUCUAUUGGGUUAUCGAGGCCCUGCGUCUACGCAAGCCCCACAUCUGGGAGUACGCUCGACUCAAUCUCAACAACACCCUGCUCUCUAAAAGGAAGCUCACCUGGUUUGUGGACCAGGGCUAUGUGGAUGGCUGGGAUGACCCACGAUUCCCAACAGUCAGAGGAGUCCUGCGCAGGGGAAUGACUGUUGAGGGGCUCAAGCAAUUCAUUGCUGCUCAGGGUGGAUCCAGGUCUGUGGUCAACAUGGAGUGGGAUAAGAUCUGGUCAUUCAACAAAAAGCUGCCAGUUAGCUGUAAAAAGGUGAUUGACCCAAUCGCUCCAAGGCACACUGCCCUUCUAAGCUCCCAAGUCGUUCCCAUCUUCAUUUCAGAUGCCAAGGAAGAAAUGACAGAGGUGGCCAAACAUCCCAAGAACGCAGAUGUGGGAAUGAAGCAGAUUUGGUAUGGCCCGAAGGUGUUGAUUGAGGGGGCGGAUGCUGAGACCUUCACUGAGGGAGAGAUUGUUACCUUUAUUAACUGGGGCAACAUUAUCAUCACUAAAAUUAACAAGGACAGCAAUGGAGCCAUCUCGUCUCUGGAAGGCCGUCUGAACCUGGACAACAAAGACUAUAAGAAGACCACUAAGAUCACUUGGCUGACUGACACAGCUAAAGCUUCCUGCACUCCUACUGUAUGCAUCAACUACCAGCACCUCAUCACCAAGCCUGUGCUGGGCAAAGACGACAACUUCAAGGACUACAUUAACCCAAACAGCAAGAUUGAGGAGGUCAUGCAUGGAGACCCCUGUCUGAAGGAAUUGAAAAAGGGUGACAUCAUUCAGCUACAGAGGAGAGGCUUUUAUAUCUGUGACCAGCCUUAUGAGCCAGUCAGUCCUCACAGCUGUAAGGAGAGCCCCUGUGUCCUGCUGUAUAUUCCAGAUGGCCACACAAAGGAGAUGCCCACAUCUGGUUCGAAGGACAAAAGCAAGAACCUAGCAGCACCUAAGCCUGUACGUGCCGAGCCUGAAGUGUCUGCAACCCCUGUAGCCCAAAACCCAAGCAUAUCUUCAUCCUGCCCUUACACACGCGUAGCUGAGCAAGGUGAAGUCGUACGGAAACUGAAGGCUGAAAAAGCACCCAAGGACAAAAUAGAUGCAGCUGUAAAAGAGCUUUUGGCUCUAAAAGUGGAGUUUAAGCAGAUCACUGGUCAGGAGUACAAACCGGGCAUGGCUCCUCCCUCUGCAGCAACAACACAGCCGGUUCAAUCAUCUGGCUCCUCCCCUGCUGACCUGUAUGCACAAGUGGCAGCACAGGGAGAGGUAGUCAGGAAACUCAAAACGGAGAAAGCAGCGAAGGAGCAAGUUGAUGCUGCUGUGAAACAACUACUAGCUCUGAAGGAAGAGUAUAAGAAGGUGACUGGUCAGGACUACAAGCCAGGAGCUGCCCCUGCUCAAUCAGCCUCUACUACUUCAACCACCACACCAUCAGUUACCUCAGCGCCCAAAUGCGUCAGUAAAGAUCCUAUGGAAAUGUAUCAAUGUGUAGCAGAUCAGGGUGAGCUUGUGAGGAAACUGAAAACAGAGAAGGCACCUAAGGACCAGGUGGAUGCUGCCGUGAAACAGCUGCUAAAUCUGAAGGCUGAAUAUAAACAACAAACUGGAAAAGAGUAUAAACCCGGCCAGGCUCCCAGUGCUGCUUCAGCCCCUGCACAGGCCAGUCCUGUACCUCCUCAGUCUAGCUCUUCCCCCCAGGCCCAAGCUCUGUAUGCUCAGGUCUCUCAACAAGGGGAGCAAGUGAGGAAGCUCAAAGCAGAGAAGGCACCGAAGGAACAGGUGGACACGGCAGUGAAGACCCUGCUGGAGCUGAAGGGCCAGUACAAAGCUCUCACUGGACAAGAGUACAAACCAGUGAGCGCUGCACCGGGAUCUGGGAACACGGGAUCAGAGGGCAAGAGCCGAAAGGAGCGUGAGAACACUUCUGAGAAACAAGGAGGAGGCCGCAAGUCACAGAAAGGGGCAGAAAAAACUCAGCAGGGUCAGGAGAGUGGGGCAGGAGGAGCAGGAGAUGGUCAGGGACUGAAGAAACAAACAAGGUUGGGACUGGAGGCAAAGAAAGAGGAAAAUCUGGCUGACUGGUACUCACAGGUGAUCACCAAGUCUGAGAUGAUUGAGUAUUAUGAUGUUAGCGGUUGUUACGUGCUGAGGCCAUGGUCCUUUGCGAUCUGGGAAAGUAUCAAAGAAUUCUUUGACCGGGAAAUCAAGAAACUUGGCGUGGAGAACUGCUACUUCCCCAUGUUCGUCUCUCAAGCAGCUCUGGAGAAGGAGAAGACUCAUAUCGCUGACUUUGCUCCUGAGGUCGCAUGGGUGACGAGAUCAGGGAAGACCGAACUCGCAGAGCCCAUUGCUGUGCGUCCCACUAGUGAGACAGUAAUGUAUCCUGCCUAUGCUAAAUGGGUCCAGUCACACAGAGAUCUGCCAAUAAAACUUAACCAGUGGUGUAACGUUGUGCGGUGGGAGUUCAAGCACCCCCAGCCCUUCCUCAGGACCAGAGAGUUCCUCUGGCAGGAGGGACACACUGCCUUCGCCACCAAGGAGGAGGCUGCAGAGGAGGUUCUGCAGAUUUUGGAUUUGUAUGCACGAGUAUAUGAGGAGCUCAUGGCUAUCCCUGUGGUCAAAGGUAAAAAAACUGAGAAAGAGAAGUUUGCAGGAGGAGACUACACUACAACUGUUGAGGCCUUUAUUUCGGCCAGUGGACGAGCCAUUCAGGGUGCUACCUCACAUCAUCUGGGGCAGAACUUUUCAAGGAUGUUUGAGAUCACAUUUGAAGACCCGAAGAAGCCUGGUGAGAAACAGCUGGCCUUUCAGAACUCAUGGGGUUUAACCACACGCACCAUUGGCGUCCUGACCAUGGUGCAUGGAGACAACAUGGGCCUGGUGCUGCCACCCAGAGUGGCCUGUCUGCAGGUCGUCAUUAUUCCCUGUGGUAUUUCAGUCUCUCUACCUGAAGCUGAGAAGGAGCUGCUGUUGGCUCAGUGCUCCAACUAUCUCUCCAGGCUGCAAAAAGCAGAGAUCAGGGUGAAGUCUGACCUUCGUGACAACUACUCACCUGGCUGGAAAUUCAAUCACUGGGAGCUGAAGGGUGUGCCAAUUCGUUUGGAGAUUGGACCUAAGGAUCUGAAGCAGAAACAGUGUGUGGUAGUCAGGAGAGACACAGGAGAGAAGAUUGUCCUUCCAGAUGGGGACCUUGAAAAGAUUAUCACCCACCUGCUCGAGGAGAUCCAGAACAACCUCUUCAAACGGGCUUCUGAUGAUCUGAAAUCACACAUGGUGGCAGCUGACACCAUGGAGCAGUUCCAAAAAGAGCUGGACGAGGGCAAGAUUGUCCAGAUCCCAUUCUGUGGAGGCAUCGAAUGUGAGGACUGGAUAAAGAAGGCCACUGCAAAGGAUCAAGAUCUGGAGCCAGGUGCACCCUCUAUGGGAGCCAAGAGUCUGUGCAUCCCCUUCCAACCAUUAAAGACCCUCCAGCCAGGCCAGAUGUGCGUCAGCGGCAAAGAGCCAGCCCAGUACUACACCUUAUUUGGUCGCAGUUACUAGGAGAAGCAUUUUUCUUUAGCUGAAUAUUAGACCGAAUUAGAGUCCAAAGCAUCUUUAGAAUUGACAAAUGCACUAACAAAUGUUCAAAAGCCAUUGUUUAUUCUUAUAUUAAACCCUAGUCGUUUUCAUGCUGGAGUCAUCUGCUUCCUUCUAAGUAAAGAUUAUUUCCGUGUUCUCUCUUGUAACUCUCAGGACAUAUAUUUGUGGGGCACAGGCAGUACACGUAUUCUUCUGCUAUCAUUUAUUGAGGCAGAGAUUCUUGUUUGGUCUUUGUAAACAGACCUUUACUGAUAUAUAACAUUUUCUACAUCUUUGUCUUUGGGUUUUCUCAUAUGUAACAUUCAGGUGAAUCAUAAAACCUAAAGCUUAUCUAUAAUAAAGGGAUCCUCACUUCUGUUA